AUCGAAUUCUAUUUUUGUUCGAAAUUCGAAAGACGCCAUUUUUGAAACUGUUAGACGCAAAUCUUAAUUUUAUUCCACUUUAGCUUACGAUUUUUUCCGCACUCACUAAUUAAUUAAUUUUCAAUUUCAAUUUCUGACUUAAUGCAAAAACAUGAAUAUGAUGUCCAACGUGGAAAAUCUAUCCCCACAGACAAUACGCCAAGUAAUCAAAGAAAUGCAUGAGAUUUCUUUGAAUAGCCCUGAAGGAAUUAAAGUACAAAUAAACGAUGCUGAUGUUACCGACAUUCAAGCAUUCAUCCAAGGACCAGAAGGUACCCCGUACGCUGGCGGUGUGUUUCGCGUAAAAUUGUUACUCGCCAAAGACUUUCCAGCGACACCACCAAAGGCAUUUUUUGUGACUCGAAUUUUUCACCCGAAUGUAGCUGCAAAUGGGGAAAUUUGCGUCAAUACGCUGAAGAGGGAUUGGAAACCCGAUCUAGGAAUUAAACACAUUUUACUGACUAUCAAAUGUUUGCUGAUCGUACCGAAUGCGGAAAGCGCUUUGAACGAAGAGGCCGGCAAAAUGUUAUUAGAACGAUACGACGACUAUUCACAGCGGGCGAAAAUGAUGACUGAAAUUCAUGCACUGCCGCCAAAGACCACAGACGUCGAUGAUGGUGGACCAUUGUCGAAAAAGCAUGCGAUCGAUAAGAAAAUUCAAGACAAAAAGAAGGAGAAAUUAAUCAAAGAGAAAAAGCGGAUCUUAAAGCGAUUAUGAACGGGGAAAAAAUGUUUUAGCGGGUUGCGGUGUGUGUGUGUGUGGUGUAUGGAUGGAUGGAUGUGUGUGUGUGUGCGUGCGGUUGUGAACCAAACAAACAAAUUGUGUUUUUGUGUAAUUUUAUAAUUUCAUUCCUUUUCGGUUUCGAAUUUUCUAUUCGUUUUUCUUCGUUUAAAUUUCACUUUUGAAAAUUCAAAUUCGUUUUCUAUGAUUUCCAUUUUUCGGUUGCAAUAUUUGGUCCAGACUUGCUUCCUUCCAUGAGUUUUUCUCCCUUUUCGUCCACCAAGAUUAAAUGAAUUUUACAAAUAAUUUUUUUCUUCUAUUUAAUUGUCACAUUGAGUGUACAAAAUUAGUGCAACAAAAAAAGUCAUGAAUUUACUUGCAAUUUUGAAUAAAAAUAAAUCAAUUGAUCGA